CAUAACGCUCUUCACGUCCUUCAGCUCCUGACGCUUCCGCUGGACGUCGUGACGCAUCGAUUCCAAACAAUGCUCAGGAAAAAGCCACGUUGACGAUCCAGAUUGAAGUGUAGUCCACUAUUCGAAGCAGAAUCGAGCUGGGAUUAGUUUGUUAGACGCUCUGGUUCCUACUCGCUGCAGACUCCGGAUCAGUGCAGACAUGUCGUCACCGCCGAACGAGAAAGUGGAAAUCAAAGGAGGACAUGGCCCUGCAGUAAAGGCAGGGGGGAUGAGGAUAGUGCAAAAGCACCAGCCGGCUGUUGUCCCCGGACCACCACCACCGAAAGAUGAAGAUGAAGAGGAGUACGUCAGCAGCAGUCCGCCAAAGGUCCCCGUGGUUGUGUCUGGAGUGAUAACAAAGGGUGAUAAGGACUUCCCCCCUGCAGCUUCCCAGGUGGCCCACCAGAAGCCCCAGCCUUGUGUCCCAAAGCUGCCCUCUGCCCAGCAAAUGAACAGCCAUAUCCACCAGCCCCGCAAGUGAGCCAGCCUGCAGGCUCCAAGGGCUCCGCUAACUCCACCAGCCAGCCUUCCCAGAAGAACACAGAAGAUGAAGAUGUUUCCCCACCAGGCUCAGGUCUCAGCUUUGUAAUCAGAGUAGUUUUUGUUCACUUGUUGCAUUAUGGAAUUUAUCUUCAAUAUAACCAAUUGCCUGCAUAGCCAUUGUAGGGGACCGCCUGUGUACACCCAUGCUGCAUUGUGCUGCACUCUCAGUUCUGCACUUUGAAUCCUCCCUUCGUGGAGGAUUGUUUUCGACAGUCUUAAUUUGGUAUGUGCGUCCUCUUUAAUGGCUAUCAUUCUCAGAUUAAAUAUAAAUAGACUGAUCUCAGAGCUGAGUCUGCGAGGGGAACUCUCAUCCAACGCCGCUUCAGAGCAACUAGCCAAUCACAGAAAACCUGUAAUCAGUCAGACCAACUGACCAACCAAUCACCUCACAGUGAUGAGCCCGAGCUCCAGCCUUCUACCUAAUGAUCUUCACAGACCAAAAGAACCAAUCAAGAAAUCAAAAGGUGGACACCAAUAACACGUGAUCGAGAAACCAAAAAGAUCCAGAAGCAGCUUGAACACCAAACUCAGUUUGAUGUGUGUCACUGAGACUGCUGCCUCAGGGGACAGCCACAACACGGACCAGGGAGACCUGAGGCUUCUAAUUGUAUUAUAGCUUUAAACAAUUACACAACUGUAGUGACUGGCAGACUUCCAAUUCAAAUUCUAAGUAUAGCAUCCCGAGAGGAGUAAUUAGACAGCUCAACAUCAAAAAUGCCAGAUGAAGGGAACCAAUGAGAUGCAUGUUGUAACGGUCAUAACUCAUGCUAAUUAGCUAUGGCUAAUAAAGCUUUUAGAUCUUAGCGAAGCAUCUGAGGCUUGCUCUGGACAGAUCCCAUACUUACCUUAGUUUAGCAGAAAGAAGUCUUACUGAUCUGCUCUGCUCUGCAUUCCGCCUGCUUUACUGGUGCUGUAAUCAUGUCGCUCCUUCAGAGGCAAUGUUAGUCGACUGUAAUGCAGACCAAUCCUGCUUUUAAAGCAAGUCUCCAAGCAGUGCCUCGUUGCUUUAAAUUCAAGAUAUUUCUUUGCCUCAUUUCACUCAGGUGGCUUACUUUUUCUUUCUGCUUUGCACUAGAGUUGGCUGGAGAGAAGCUUAAGCCAAAAAUGCAAUGAAACCUGUUUGCUGUGAAGCAGCUGCAGGAUGCUAUGUGUUUGUGUUAACAAUAGCUUGAACGGCAGAGCAGAGUAAUGUGCUUUACAACAAGGUGUUGCAGAGAAGCAGUUCAGAGAAUAGUGAGGCUUUGGACUGUCAGAUGAAGGUAGUCGCUGUGCAAACAUGUGAUUACUACAUUCCUCAGAAAACACUCUCAAAGAAUACAUCAACAAGCAAAUGUAAUCCAAACUUCUGCUUUCACGACUAUCAGUUAAAAUCUGUAGAAGUCCCCAAAAUCCAAAAAACAUCCUUAGUAAUAAUGACACAUAUCAACACACACGCACGCACACACACACACCUUUCUCCUUAAUCACCCUUCCCCUUACACUCAAGUGUCGUUUUGUUGCAACACUAACGUUCAGGUUUCAAGAGAAGAGACAAAGAAAUCUAUCUUACCCAGAAGGAGUAAUUUCCUGUUAAUUUAAUUAAGUUUAAAGAGUUAUAUUUUUGUUUUUCUUGGUUCGUAUUCUUGAGUAAAUUGUUCAAAUUGUAUAAAUCUUUAGUCAUUGAGUGGACUUAGGUAUUAGGUGUGGUUGUCAUAGUAAAUAAAGGUAUAAACUAUCUUGA